AUAGUACUGGACCUUAACCCCGUCUUCGUCCCUCCAUUAAAGAAAAACAAAUGAAUCAUCUAGUCAUGAGAAGGAUAAACCAUUCAUCAUUUACUAAACGUCCAUUUCUUCAACACAACAAUAAUGUUAAUAACCUUUAUUUGUUGUCAGUCCAGCCUCCUCCAUUGAUUCUAAUCACAACCAGAAGCAGAAGAAGAAGUUAUGUUUCACGAUCAGGUAAGAUAGAGGAAGCCCGGAAAUUGUUUGAUUCAAUGGUUGAUAAGGGUCUUGAGCAUGAUUUAUACAGUUUCAGUGUGUUGAUUAAUGGGUAUUGCAAGAAGUUUAAGUUGGAUGAUGCUCUGCUGCUCUUCGAGAAAAUGAAGCAAAAGGGAAUAAAGCCAACACAAGUUACUUACACUACUCUGCUGAAUGGACUAUGCAGGAGUAAAACAGUUACAAUUGCACGGAGCCUGCUAUUCGAGAUGCAAUCAACUGGUGUAUCUCCAAAGACAGUUACAUAUAAUGCCAUGUUGGAUGGCCUUUGCAUGAAUGGACAUAUUGAUGAGGCGACAGAGUUAUUCCAGUCUAUGAAACUUAAGGGGUAUAAAGCUGAUAUUCAGACUUAUGGUUUAGUUAUUGAUGGGUUGUGCAAGGCUGGUAAAUUUCAAGAUGCAAAGAAAUUGUUCCAUGAAAUCCCAAAUCAAGGAUUAGUUCCCAAUGUUAGAACAUAUACCAUAAUGAUCAGUGGCAUGUGCAGAGAAGGUAUUUUAUUUGAGGCCGAGAAAUUGAUAUUUGAAAUGGAAAAGCAUGGUUGCGUUCCAAAUGCUGUAACCUAUGAAACCAUUAUUAAGGGAUUUCUUGAAAGAAAAGAAGUUGAGAAAGCCAAAGAGUUUCUUCAAAAAAUGCGACAAAGAAAAUUUUCACCAAGCAAUGCCCUUAUUUAAUAGUUAGUUAUUUCUCUGUGGAGCAGCUCAAA